UUAGCCUGCCGGUUGCGCGGUGUGUUUGAGAUGAUGAUAUAUAGAGAGUAGGUUGGUUCAGGACCGCGUUAUGCUAUAAAUAACCAGAAGUGUGUUUUGUUGAUGGUUUCGUUUCGCAGGAAGGUGACUAUAAAUGACGACUUAUCCAAGAACAUUCUGCAGUCAUUAAAUUUACUUUCAUUUCAAGCUGAAUUUUAAUGACUCUGCUCCAAAGAAAUGGAAUAUUUACCAGAGCUAUAUGAAAUAUUUCAAGGAGAGGUUGCAUCUGUGACAGAAUAUGGUGCCUUUAUUAAAAUUCCAGGAUCCCGAAAGCAAGGGCUUGUUCAUAAGACACACUUGUCAUCUACUCGGGUGGAUCGACCUUCAGAAGUACUGGAUGUUGGUGAAAGAGUAUGGGUAAAGGUUAUUCGUCGAGAGGCAGUAGACGGGAAGGAAAAAAUUGCUCUAUCCAUGAAGGUUGUUCACCAGGGAACUGGGAAAGACUUGGAUUCAAACAAUGUAGUGCUUGAACAGGAUGAGAGGAAGAGGAGGGAGUUCAGAGACUACAGCAGUCAGAAGAUCACACUGGAAGCUGUGCUGAAUACGGUGUGCAAGAAAUGUGGUUGCAAAGGUCAUUUUGCCACAGACUGCUUUAUGCAGCCAGGAGGGACAAAGUACAGUUUGGUACCCGAUGAGGAUGAAAUUGCGUGUGAAGACUCUAAGCCAACUAAGAAGAAAGAGAAGGAUAAAGAAAAAAAGAGAAAAAAACAUAGAGUUAAGCCAGACUCUGACGACGAUAGCUCAGAUUCAGACAGUUCAUGUUCUGAAUCAUCUAAAAAAAGAAGGCGGCAUAAUGACAAGAAGGAGAAAGUGUCAAAAAAGAAAAAAAAGAGAAAGCACAAGAAACACAAACACAGAGAUGACUAGUUUGUUGCCUUUGCACUCAAACUGUUAUAUAAUCACAUCUUUUGGACUCUGAUGCCAACUAGCCAAGUCUUGGCUGCAAACUGAUUUUCUUUAAUAUCCUUGCAUAUAACUUGCCUCAGCCACUGUUUGUUUUCUUUUUAGGAGCUGGCAUAAGUCAAUAAAUAAGUCCUAACAAU